CGCAACGGUGAGGAGUUUUUGCCCAAGCUUCAGACAAAGGUCGAAGGAUGGGGACGCUUCUUUGAAGAAGUGCACGUGGUGCUCGUGGAGAACGACUCCACGGACGGCACCCAUGCCUUCCUUGUGGCGUGGGCGAAGGAGCUAAAGAGACGAAGGAGCUCCCGAGCCUCCCGGGUCUCUCUGCACCUGAUCUCCAAAAGCUUCAGGGAUGAUCCGAACGUGGGCCACUACCAAACUCGUGCAGACUUGAAGAUGAAGGGCUGGGGUCAUGAUGGGGUCCGGUUUCUGGCGAAGCUUCGGAACCUCUACUUGCGGAAGCUGCGAGCGCUCUACGUGCCGAAGGUGAAGCACUGGAUCCUCAUGCUGGAUCUGGAUCUGGACCUUCAAUGGGACGAUCAUCUACUUCUGGAAGCCAUUGAACAUCCAACGCAUUGGCACGUGCUUUGCGCGCACAGCACCUAUCGAAGUGGCGUUCGGGCGCUCUACGAUGCAUUCGCCUUGAGAAGCUCUGAACUUCAGCCCUGGGCGCCCUAUGACUUCGAGAAGGCGCUGGGUCGCAGCUUCUUCCCGCAUGGUCUCUGUGGACUCCAACGCCUCUGGGCGGCCAACGCGGCCGACGCGGCCGUCUCGUCCGUCCUGCCGGUGGAGAGCUGCUUCGGCGGGUUGGCGCUUUAUCGGCAGGAGCUGUUGACCGACUUCAAGGGCUGUGGAUAUGAUGAGGGGAGAAGGGCGCCACAGUGGUAUUGUAUCCCAGACUUGCGCCAGCGGCUUUUGCUUCACCGUCCACAUGUUGCGUGGAGACCUGCCAACAAGCGAAUCAAUUCCCCAUGUCCUUCUUACCGUUCCAGGCCCAGUUCUAUCAAGAGAAAGUCUCCAAGCUCCUGGCACAAGGCCUGUCCUUCGAGGAGUCUGGACGUCUGCAGGACGCCUUAGCGACCUACGUGCAAGCUGCUCAAGGGCCUCAGAGUUCCUGGCGCGCGAGGGCAGCGCUUCUGACUGCCUUUCUCUUGUUACAGCACAAGCAUGUAGAUCAGGCUCUUCCCCUGCUGAAGCAGUCUGAUGUGCAUGACUUGGCCACAGCUGAUCCACGGUCGGCUUUAAUCCUGGGCCAUGUCUACGAACUGCUCGAUGACCUGGAUGGUGCAAGCAGGUGGCUGGAGUCUGCGCUGGUGCCUGGGCCGCCCAACCUCCUGGCACAAAGGGAACGACAAGGAGCUUUGCUGAAAGCGAGCCUGGCACAUCUACCUGCCACGCACCGGUCUUCCACAGAGGUCCUCAGCUCUUUGGCGAAGUUCACCAAGGGCCUCAGUCGAUUAAUCCGCAGUCGCCGACACUGGGACUUUCCGGUGAGCAUCCCGGAGGCCUUCGACACCCGAGCUGUCGAGGUGACACGGCUCGGCUAUUUGGGGCCUCAGCUGGUGCCCCAUCUUCCAGAGUUGGCCUCCGUCUACUCGAGGAUCCAUGUGUCGCUCCUCCCAAGCCUGGGCCACUGUGGCCACGGGCCGACCCGCGCAGUGUCGGCGUCGUUCUCUUCCGUGAAGUCUGUGGCCGACCGACAGCGACGCGUGGGCUUCGUGUCGGGUCUCUUUGGAGAGAGCGCCGUGGGGAACCUGGCGCGCGGACUUCUCCAUCCCCUACGCGGGGAGAGAGAGGAGCGCGAGAAUCGGAGCUUGUGGGUGGCUCUGAUCUCUUUGGGCCGCUUGAAGGAGAAGGAGACGUCGGACGUUUGGGCUGCCGUGCACGCUCGGGCGGAUCACUUGGAAGAGCUCUCCGACUGGGAAACGGCUUCACCAGGCACGGAGAAGCAGCUGUCAAGUGCCAGGGAGAGGAUCUUCAAUCUCCAGCUGGACUUCCUCGUGUUUCUGGAAAUCGGUCUGGAUGUGCGUUCCUUCGUUCUGGCGCACUCACGCUUGGCCCAAGUCCAGCUGGCGACGUACGGCCAUGCUUCCACGAGUGGGAUUCCUACAAUCGACGCUGGGAAGCGAGCAGACGCCUUCGUCACCGUCGAGAGCUUCGAGCCGAAUGCCACCAGCUCGGCACAAGAGCGCUAUGCAGAGCAGUUGAUCAGCCUGCCAGGUCUGCCCUACUUCUUCCCAAGUGCGAAGACUUCUCCGUCCACUUCAACAGCUGGCACUCCUGCGCGGGACGCGCCGGACAUGGCGUGGAGCCGAUGGCGGCAGCUGCUGAAGCCGGCUGGGCACGGCAGUUGCCAGCUAGGGAGCAAGGUGAUGCCUAUCUACUUGGUGGCCCAAACUCUCUACAAGCUCGUGCCUGCCUUUGAUCGCGUCCUCCUGCCGCUGCUGCGCGACAGCAGCGGUCGCAGCGGCAAGGGGCUGGUGGUGAUCCGCCAUGGGCAUCCCCAGCCGAAGAUCCAUGAGCGGAUCGCGCAGAGGUUGAUGGCUCAAGUGGAUGCAAGUUCUGCUAAGCGGCUGUGCUUCCUGCCGAUGCAGAACGCUAGCAGCUACUUCUGGAUCUUGAGACACGCAGAUGUUCUCUUGGAUACCUUCCCACAUGGCGGUCACACGACCACCUUGGAUGCCAUCAGCGUCGGCGCUCCUUUGGUCUACCACUUCCCUUCUUCCCUCGCUGGCGGCUUCUCCCACGGACUCCUCAGCGCUGCCAGCGACCUCCAUGCGGCCAUUGGGGCGCAAGACGCCCAGGAGUAUGUGGCGAAGGCCGUGCGCUUGGCGACGGAGCCAGAAGUUCGGAGAAAGGUGGUGGAGCUGCUUCGGGCCAACGCGACAGCGGAACGGGUCUUCGGGCGGCGGGACUGGGCGCGUUCCUGGGCGGAGCUUUUUGCUGUUUGGCCACUGGAGGAUGGCGAGGAUGGCGAGGAUGGCGAGGAUGGCUGGGCGGCGUAUUUGCAGCAGCCGGAUCGAUACAUCUGGAGCCUCUUUCCAGUCGUGGUACCACCACGUGGACGCUUCAAUCUAACAGACGACGCAGCGAGCUUCGGCGCUUGCGCGGCCGGCGAUGGCUUCGCCGAAGCCGCCACUGAACAGCACCGGUCUUUGUGGCCUCUACACCAAGCAGGAUCUGCGUUCGAGGCAGUCACCAGCUUCGCACCAGACCUGGCCGGUUACGGAGGCGACCUAAUUCCGCUCCUGGGCAGAGAGGGAAGCUGAGAAGCCACUGAAGAGAAUACCUAGGUUCCAAGUUCACAAGUAGUGAAAGACAUCAGAGGACCGAGCAUUAGAGGAUUGGAUAGACUUUGGGGCUGCACAACAGAGCUUCUCUUGUAGAAGGUUGGAUUCAACAAUUUAUCAGUUGGUGACCGGUUGGAGGGUGCUGUGUAGAAUUGUAGAAGCAAGAUGAAGCAAGCAGUUUCCAAAUGAGGCCGAGUUGUGGAGGAAUUGCCGCUGGAACUGAAAAUUGAAUCUCCGAUGUCUUUGGUGAUUGUUUGUCCAGAGCUUGCCCUGAAAGAAGGUGGAGAAGACCCUCUCUGAAAG